AACACAAGGUGUAGUAAGAAAAAAGAUCAAACAAUCAUGGCUUUGAACCUUGUUGUUCCAAACCCAGUUUGUAGUUUGACUAGUUCCCGAUUUCCAUUGCAUAAAAGAAGCCAACUCUCAUUGGAAUCUCCAUCAAUCUGUAAAACCCAAGUUUCAAAAACUCUCUGGUUCUACUGCAAUUGCAUGACUACCAAUACUAGUAAUAGUAGUGUUACCAAGAAGAAGACUCAACCUGGUGAUCAAACUAUUGUUAGGCGAUCAGCAAACUACAAGCCUCCUGUUUGGAAAUACGAUUAUCUACAGUCACUCACUAGCACUUACGCGGGAGAGUCGUAUGAAAAAUGGGCUGCUAAGUUGAAGGAAGAUGUGAAAAUGAUGAUAGAGAAGCUGGAGGAGCCAUUGGAGAAACUUGAGUUGGUAGAUUCAUUGCAAAGACUUGGAGUAUCUCAUCACUUUGAGGCUGAAAUAAAGAGAAUUUUGGAGAGCAUACACAUUGAUAUUGAUCACAAAAUGAAUUGGCGCAACAAAGGAGAUUUGUAUGCUAUAGCUCUUGAAUUUAGACUUUUGAGGCAACAUCGGUAUAAUGUCCCUAAAGAAGUCUUCAAUAAUUUCAAGGACAAGUUUGGACAAUUCAAGGAGUCCUUGAGUGAGGACAUUAAGGGGCUACUAUCCUUGUAUGAAUCAUCAUACCUUUUAAUGGAGGGUGAAAGCAUAUUGGAAGAGGCCAGAGAUUUUGCAACUAAACAUCUCAAAGAAUACCUCAAGAAGAGGACAGAUCCAAAUCUAGCCAUGCUAGUGAGUCAUGCUUUGGAGCUUCCACUACAUUGGACCAUGCCAAGAAUGGAAGCUAGGUGGUUCAUUGAUGCUUAUGAGAGGAGAUCGGACAUGAACCCUACAUUGCUUGAGUUUGCCAAAUUGGAUUUCAACAUGGUACAAGCAAUUCAUCAAGAAGAUCUAAAACACGUGUCAAGGUGGUGGGAAAGUACACGUUGGAGGGAAAGGUUGCCAUUUAUGAGGGAUAGGGUGAUGGAGAAUUACUUAUGGUCUCUGGGAGAGGCUUACCAGCCUCAAUUCCAAUAUUAUAGGAGAAUGGAAACAAGGAUCAAUAUACUAACAACAUGUUUGGAUGAUGUUUAUGAUGCUUACGGUACCUUGGAUGAACUCGAGCUCUUCACAGAUGCCGUUGACAGAUGGGAUGUGAAUGCAGUAGAACAUUUACCGGAUUAUAUGAAGAUAUGUUUCCUUGGUUACUACAAUUGGAUUAAUGAAAUGGCUUAUGACACUCUUAAGGAGCAUGGAAUUCACAUCCUCCCAUACCUUAAAAGAAAGUGGCAAGACUUAAUUCACUGUUAUCAAAAGGAGAUAAAUUGGGCCCACAGUGGGGAAAUACCAACAAUGGAGGAGUAUGUGAACCAUGCAUGGACAUCUGUUGCUGCUCCUGUGAUGCUAACACAUGCUUAUCUUCUAAGCACAAAUUCCUUAUCAAAUCCCAUUACCCAAGAAGAGUUGGACUCCUUAGAGAACUACCAUGAUUUAAUCAAGUGGCCUUCAUUGAUUGUUCGACUUUCUGAUGAUUUGGGCACAUCAUGGGAUGAGGUAGAACGAGGUGACAAUCCAAAAUCGAUCCAAAUUUACAUGCAUGAAACUGGUGCCUCUGCAGAAGAUGCUCGUGACCAUGUUAAACAUUUGAUUAGUGAGGCCUGGAAAAAAUUGAAUGAAGCUCGACUUGUGGAUUCUCCCUUCAACCGGAUUUUUGUGGAGAUUGCAACUAAUCUUGCUAGGGUUUCUCAAUUCAUCUACCAGCAUGGAGAUGGCCAUGGCCAUGACGUUGGAGGCAAGAACAAAGAGCGUGCGUCUUUGCUACUUGUCGAGCCCAUUCCCUUCCCAUAGACAAAUCUAACGGUGUUUCAAUUUUAAAGUUGAACAAUAAUGUAUCUUUGUGUGAGGUUAUAAAUUGUAAAAACUUUCAGCUCCUAGAAUGACAAUGUUUGAAUUGGUGCAGUUCAAUGACUACCUCCACCUACUCUUCUCUUUUAGUAUGUCUCUCGUAUUGAGUUGUCUUUCUCGUAUUUGGGUCCAAUUGCAAUUACAUCUAUUCUAGGGAUACUUGUAUUGCUAUGUGUCUAGCCUUUACUAGUGAAUUUAAAUUGACAAAUUUAUCUGAAU